GCGGCUGGGUGGGGAAUGGAAAUGUUCAAGGGGACGCCAAAGGAAAAAAUGCUUCGCUGGCUCUCAGAGAGCUACGCUGUCCCCAUAAUUGCAUCCAGACUCUUUCACGCCCCAAGAAAAGAGUGAUGCAGGCUCUCUGCAACUGCGCCAGGCACAGCCUGGAUUUCCUGGCAGGGAUCUGAAGGUAAAGUGUCGGGCACUAAUGUGAAUAGAUGCCCCACCCAGCAACCUAGCUCUGGGGAGAGUGUUUCCUUUCUCAGAGUGAGGAUGGCAAGGGGAAGAUAAAUGCACUGGGCUGGCACCAUGAGAGUUAGACUUUUGCACUGUGAUAGAGAGCAGUGCAAGCGCUGGCUGGGCACGAGGAUGGUGAGAGUGGUGUGGGCACCAGCUGGGUAUGGGAGCAGUGAGAGUUGAAGAGUACAUGGCUAGCCGCCCCAGGGUGAAAGCACAGAGAGGGGCCCUUUCUGCAGGUUGGUUUCCUGCCCAUUCCUCCUCAAACCUGGUGCUCCCUGCUGUGUGCCAAGCACCAGCAUUGCCUUGGGCACGCCUUGGUGCAGAGGCCUCUGUGUCAAAUCCCCAUGACACCACCUCACCCAGCUGUGUCCAAUAGGAUGGGAGCAGUGCCCUCUACACCAGGGAGGGAGUGAGCCAGAGAGCAAGGACCCAGGCUGGGCCUUGGGCCGAGACCCUGGCCAGGGCUGAUUCUGGAGAAGGAAUCUCCCCUCCUCACCCAUAAAUUCCUUUGUCCCGUGCUGUAACAAAGGCAGCCUCUACAGAGAGGCAAGAGGCUGGCAGGGCCGUGGGCAGUGCCACUGAAUGCCUCAGGGAGAGAGGGGGACAGCAACUGGCCUGAGGCUGCAGUUCGGAGCCCGUCCUGCCCUCUCCAGCUCAAGGCGUUGGCAACCUGCACCACAGGGUGCUCCGUGGCCUUGGGGUUCAAAGCCAGGAGCAGCCAGAGAUCAGCAGCUGUUAAAGAGCCCUGAUGUGCUGACCCCUGUGCUCCACCCUCCCGCCCCGUGGUUCCGGGCAGCUGAGAGGCAUGAGACAGCAAUGGCGUUCCAGGCAGCCCCAUCUGGGACACUGCAGCCCCGGAGCGUGCGACCCCUGGGACCUCUCCUGCAAGGCUGGGGACCGGAGCCUGCUGCGCAGAAAGCACUGCUCCUCUGCAACUCUCUUCCCACGCCCCUGCAGGGGACAUUCAGGGCAGCUGGGAAUCCCCAUCUCUGGGAGAGACACGGUGCACAUCCAGCAGGAGCAGGGGGCAGCGGCUGCUUUCCCCACAGUCUCUCCUCUCCAGCCCCCUAUGCCACGGCAGGGGGCUGCCUGAACCCUGAGGGGCCCCAGGGCCCCAGCUUGGAAGACUUCGUCCCAUCCCACUUCCAGAAGAGGGAAUUUCUUCCUGCUGCCAGGAGCCCGGCAGCCCCCACGGUCACAUCCCCGCAGCCAUCCAUGUGGGUCCCACUGCAACACAGAGGACCCAGGGUGCCCGUGAUCCAUAACUGCAGCUCCAACACCCUGAACUUUGAGUUCCGUGACACGUCUCCCCGCACAGCCUGCAAUGGCACUGCCGAGCCUAGGAGAGCUGCCCCCAGGAGCUCAGUGAGCGACUGGUACCAGACCUGGCCUGCCAAAGAAACGAAGACGCUGAGUUCUCAGGCAGGGCCUGUUCCCAUCCCGGCUGGGUCGGCAAUGGGACCCCUGGAGAACGGCCCUCUGCCUGUGCCCCACGCAGCCCCCUGUUCGGCCGCCUGGACCAAGGAUAGCAAGAGGAAGGACAAGCGAUGGGUGAAGUACGACGGGAUCGGCCCGGUGGAUGAGACAGGGAUGCCGAUCGCAUCACGAUCCAGCGUGGACCGGCCCCGGGACUGGUACCGGAGCAUGUUCCAGCAGAUCCACCGCAAGCUCCCGGAACCGCACCUGGACUGGGAUUUCCACCACUGCGUGGAGCCACGCCCUCCGGCACUUGCACGAAAGGACCCCGCGCCAAGUGGCUCCCCUUACCUGCAGAAUGGCCUGGACUGGAGGGGCCAGGAGGCAGCCAACGAUGCCGCAAUGGAGCCCGGAAGCAUUUUCGACUACGAACCCGAGAAAUCAUCAGUAUUUGACCAUCCCAAUCCAGCUGCAGAGCCCCUGGCGGGAAGUGCUGACAGCUGGUACCAAUUUCUGAAGGAGCUGGAGACGGGGAACCUGCCUAAGAAGCCCCUGGCAACAUUUCCUGCGGAGCCUCCCCCACCGUCCCAGCCAAUCGAGGUGUUACUGGAGAGAGAGCUAAAGCAGCUUAGCGAGGAGCUAGACAAGGACAUGAAAGCCCUGGAGACACAUCGGCACCCUUGCAAGACUUCCUCUGCGGCUCCCUGUGCUUGCUCCCCUUGCCUGACCUCUGCUGCCCGCAGCCCGCCGUCUGCCUGCCGUUCCCAUCCUGCCUCGGCGCAGAGCCCCCCCGCUGCCCACCACUGCCCACCUGCCAGCCCCAGCAUGGAGAGAGGGGACCUGGGCCUGGCCACGAGCGAUUGGAGCAGGUCUCCCCUCAGGAAAGAUCCCCCAGGCCACCCUGGGAAAAGCCCCUGGGCUGAUGGGAGUGAGUCCAUAGAGGCGGUGGAUGGACCGGUAAAGAGAGAGGACAAGAAGAUGAAAGCUGCUCGCGUCAAGUUUGACUUCCAGGCUGAGUCCCCAAAGGAGUUGACCAUGCAGAAGGGGGACAUCGUCUAUAUCCACAAGGAGGUGGACAGGAACUGGCUGGAAGGAGAGCACUAUGGGAGGGUGGGCAUAUUCCCCUCCAACUACGUGGAGAUCCUGCCUCCCACCGAAGUGCCGAAGCCCAUCAAGCAACCCACCAUCCAGGUGCUGGAGUAUGGAGAGGCCUUGGCCCAGUACAACUUCAAAGGGGACCUGGUGGUGGAGCUGUCCUUCCGCAAGGGCGAGCGCAUCUGCCUGGUCCGCAAGGUGGAUGAGAACUGGUAUGAGGGACGGAUCUCUGGCACCAGCCGCCAGGGCAUCUUCCCGGCCAACUACGUGCAGGUGGUGAAGGAGCCGCGGGUCAAGGCCUCAGAGGAGUUCCCCGCCUCCCCAAACUUGACUGCCCCUGCCUCCCCAAGGCUGCUGGCUCACGCAGGCUCACCGGCCCAGCUGCACUCGCCCGGUAGCCUGCGUUCCGAUCCCUCGUCGUCCUUCCUGGCGGGCUCUCCCACUGCCCAACGGCGCGGCACGGAGGGGGGCAUCCUGUCAUCCUCACCGCGCCAUUUCGGCUUCACCUUCCCUGCCUCCCCCAAACUGCAGCAUGCCGGAGUCUCGUCCAGCCUCCUCCAGGGGCCCCAGAGCCCCCAUCUGGCCCCCAGCACCGCCUUGCUCUCCCCCCUGAGUCUGAGCCCGCAGCCUCCGGCCCCCUCCCGGCCACAGGAGAGUCCACCCGCAGCAGUGCCCUCCUCGCUCCCUGGGCAGAGCUCCGUCCAUGAAGCCUCGGUACCUACAGGCUGCCACCUGGGCGGUGCUGGGCACCUCCCCCAGGCCGUCCCGUCUGACAACGGCUCCAGCAUACAGUGGACCCCGUUCCGGGCCAUUUAUCAGUACAGACCCCAGAACGAGGACGAGCUGGAGCUGCGCGAAGGGGACCGGGUGGACGUCAUGCAGCAGUGUGACGAUGGCUGGUUUGUGGGUGUGUCCAGGAGAACCCAGAAAUUCGGCACCUUCCCUGGCAAUUACGUUGCUCCUGUGUAACGUCCCCCUGCCCUGCACCCCAGCACGAGCCAAGAAGAAGCUGCAGCUGCGACUCAGGCUCCUGCAGCCGACCCAGAGCCGGCGCCGCACCCUGAAACAAGGAGAGGAACCAGGAGACGGGGAUUGGGCCCAGCCCCCGCCCCCACGGACAUUCCCAGCAGGACCCUUUUGGUGGCUGCUGCUGGGGAGCUCGGCACUGGGACGGGCACCUGCCUCCCCUAGUAAAAGACCCCCGCUUCCCUGUCCCAGUCAUUCAGCUCAGCUUCCAGCACUGCCUCGUGGGGCUCCCUCUAACGGGGACCAGUCCCCCAGCCUUACCCCCCCGUGGGGCUCCCUCUAACGGGGACCAGUCCCCCGGCCUUACCCCCCCGUGGGGCUCCCUCUAACGGGGACCAUCCCCCAGCCUUACCCCCCAUGGUGCUCCCUCUAACAGGGACCAGUCCCUGUCCUUUCCCCUCCCCGUGGGGCUCCCUCUAACAUGGACCAAUCCCCCAGUCUUACCCCCCCAUGGGGCUCCCUCUAACGGGGACCAAUCCCCCAGACUUACCCCUCGUGGAGCUCCCUCUAAUGGGGACCAGUCCCUGUCCUACCCCCCCCGCCAUGGGGCUCCCUCUAACGGGGACCAGUCCCUGUCCUUCCACCCCCCACCCCGUGGGGCUCCCUCUAACAGGGACCAGUCCCUGUCCUUCCCCACACACCCCCGCCCCGUGGGGCUCCCUCUAACGGGGACCAGUCCCUGUCCUUCCCCACACACCCCUGUGGGGCUCCCUCUAACAUGGACCAAUCCCCCAGUCUUAGCCCCCGUGGGGCUCCCUUUAACAGGGACCAGUCCCUGACAUUACCCCGCCCCCGUGGGGCUCCCUCUAACGGGGGA